AUCUCAAAACACGUACCUUAUCAUUGCCACGAAAGCAAACAGCUUUGAAAGAAUUUAAUCAACAUCGGUGCCGGACUCUCAGACCAGGUGAACACACGGGUAUCUGUGGCCUCGGUGACAAGGACAACACUGGGAUGAGGACUUGGUGAGCUAGCAUCAUGUCGCGGAAACUACGAAACGGAAGCACCGGGAACAGGCUAUCCGGGAUUGGAUAUGCUGCGUUGAAGACUGUUGCAAAUGAUGAGUAUGAUGAAGUUUCCCCGGAGACAACGGCCUUUCUGUGUGAGGACGGACUUACCGACUCAGAUGACGAGGUGCUGUUUGAGAUGCAGUACACAGAAGAACAGGACGAUGAUGGGAAGAAAGACAAAGUCAAGGACACAUUCACAGUGGAAGAGGCCGUCGAGUCGAUUGGCAUCGGCUGGUUCCAGUUACGACUCUUUGUUGUCUGCGGCAUCAUCACAGCUGCAGAUGCCUUGGAAAUGUUGCUCCUUGCAGUUCUGUCCCCUGCCUUGAGAUGUGAAUGGAGUCUGGAACACUACCAGGUGGCACUGCUCACAACGGUGGUGUUUCUUGGUAUGGGGAUAAUGGCACCGGUGUUUGGAAUGUCUGGGGACAAGAUUGGCAGGAAAAUGACUCUGUUAAUAGUAGUUGUGUGGAUUGGAUACUUUGGAAUGUUGACUUCUGCCAGUCCUAACUACACUUGGAUCCUCAUUCUUAGAAGUUUGGUCGGCGCUGGAAUGGGGGGAUCACCACAGGGGUUUGCCUUGCUGGCGGAGUACGUCCCGUCCAAGUAUCGAGCCAGACUACUGAUAUCAGGCCAGAUAUUCUGGGCAUCUGGCAGCAUGUUCGAGAUGUUCCUAGCCGCCAUGGUGAUCCCGACGCUGGGCUGGAGAUGGUUGCUGGUUCUGUCUGCUAUACCCAUUGUUGUAGCAUUGUUCUUGCUCUGUUUUAUUCCUGAGUCGGCCAGGUUUCUGGUUGCCGCAGGUCGACAUGAGGAGGCACUGGCAGCCCUACAAAGAGCUGCAAAAAUAAACAAUAGUUCUCUACCAAAGGGGAGAUUAGUACAAACAGAAGCUGUAGAGGUAGAACGAGGGAAGGUGUCCGACCUGUUCAACAAGAACUACCUCCGCUCAACCUUGCAGCUUUGGUUUCUCUGGUUCGGGACAGCUUUCUCGUACUACGGCAUGGUGCUGGCCAGUGCUGAGAUCCUGCGAGUAGAGAGUGAAAAAUAUAAUGAUGCGUGUAAGUGCAAUUACCUGACAGCGGAUGAUUACAGAACCAUGAUUAUAUCAACACUAGGAGAAUUCAUAUGUUUACCAGUCAACUGGCUGCUGAUUGACCGGGUCGGUCGGAGGAUCACAGGAACAGUUAACCUAUCUGGGUGUGGACUGUUCUUCAUCCUCCUCCAGAUCCCUGUAUCCAGGGGGGUCCUCACCGGCUUCAUGUUUGCUGUCCGAGGAUUCUCGGCUGCCACCUUCAACUGGAUAUAUAUAUACUCAUCAGAGGUGUACCCGACGUCUAUACGUACGCUGGGUAUCGGCACGGCUUCCUCCUGGCGAGAGUUCGGGGCGAUGAUCACCCCGUUUGUAGCACAAGUCCUUCUGGAAGCAUCCAUCAUUGCAGCAACAUGGCUGUAUGGCUUGCUCUGCCUUGCUUGUGCGGUCACAGCGUUUCUUCUACCCAUUGAAACCAAGGAUCGAAUAAUGCCGGUGAGUGAUAGAUGA